AUGAAGAGGAGAGCUGGCCUGGGGGGCAGCAUGAGGUCAGUGGUGGGCUUCUUGUCCCAGCGGGGCUUGCAUGGGGACCCCCUGCUCACUCAGGACUUUCAGAGGAGACGCCUGCGAGGCUGCAGAAACCUCUACAAGAAGGACCUCCUCGGCCACUUCGGCUGUGUCAAUGCCAUUGAAUUCUCCAACAAUGGAGGCCAGUGGCUGGUCUCAGGAGGAGAUGAUCGCCGGGUUCUACUAUGGCACAUGGAACAAGCUAUCCACUCCAGAGUUAAGCCCAUACAGCUGAAAGGAGAGCAUCAUUCCAACAUUUUUUGCCUGGCUUUCAACAGUGGGAACACCAAAGUAUUCUCUGGAGGAAAUGAUGAGCAAGUUAUCCUCCAUGAUGUUGAAAGCAGUGAGACCUUAGAUGUGUUCGCUCAUGAAGAUGCGGUGUAUGGCUUGUCAGUGAGCCCUGUGAAUGACAACAUUUUUGCCAGCUCCUCCGAUGAUGGCCGGGUUCUCAUCUGGGACAUCCGGGAAUCUCCCCAUGGAGAGCCCUUCUGCCUGGCCAACUAUCCGUCAGCCUUUCACAGUGUCAUGUUUAACCCUGUGGAGCCCAGGUUAUUGGCCACAGCCAAUUCAAAGGAAGGAGUGGGACUCUGGGAUAUUCGAAAACCUCAGAGUUCUCUCCUGCGGUAUGGGGGCAACCUGUCCCUCCAAAGUGCCAUGAGUGUGCGAUUCAACAGUAAUGGGACCCAGCUCCUGGCCCUGAGGCGUCGCCUGCCCCCUGUGCUCUAUGACAUCCACUCCCGCCUGCCUGUGUUCCAGUUUGACAAUCAGGGUUACUUCAACUCUUGCACCAUGAAAAGCUGCUGUUUUGCAGGAGAUCGUGACCAGUAUAUCCUUUCAGGCUCUGAUGACUUCAACCUGUACAUGUGGAGAAUUCCCGCAGACCCAGAAGCCGGUGGCAUUGGCAGGGUGGUCAACGGAGCCUUCAUGGUGCUGAAAGGGCAUCGGUCUAUUGUUAACCAGGUCCGCUUUAACCCCCACACCUACAUGAUCUGCUCUUCUGGUGUUGAAAAGAUUAUCAAGAUCUGGAGCCCGUACAAACAGCCAGGAUGUACCGGAGAUCUGGAUGGUCGGAUUGAGGAUGAUUCUCGCUGUCUCUAUACCCACGAAGAGUACAUCAGCCUUGUGCUGAACAGUGGGAGUGGCCUGUCUCACGACUACGCCAACCAGUCUGUGCAGGAAGACCCUCGGAUGAUGGCCUUCUUUGACUCCCUGGUGCGUCGCGAGAUCGAGGGCUGGAGCUCUGACUCGGACAGUGACCUCAGCGAGAGCACCAUCCUCCAGCUGCACGCAGGGGUCAGUGAGCGCUCGGGCUACACCGACUCCGAGUCCUCGGCCUCGCUGCCCCGCUCCCCCCCGCCCACAGUGGAUGAGUCUGCCGACGGCGCCUUCCACCUGGGGCCCCUGCGGGUCACUGCCACAAACGUGGUGGCGUCCACCCCACCGCUGCCCUCAUGCGAGGAUGCCACGUCUCGCCAGCAGCGCCUGUCUGCCCUGCGGCGCUACCAGGACAAACGCCUCCUGGCCCUUUCCAACGAGUCUGACUCCGAAGAGAACGCCUGUGAGGUGGAGCUGGACACAGACCUCUUCCCGCGGCCACGGUCUCCCAGCCCCGAAGACGAGUCCAGCAGCUCCAGCAGCUCCAGCAGCUCCGGCGACGAGGAGGAGCUGAACGAGCGGCGCGCGGCCACGCGGCAGCGCAACGCCGUGCGGCGCCGCCAGAAGACGCCUCGAGAAGAGAGGCCCGGCGCCCCGCCCAAGCCCGCCGACGCCUACAUCGGCGAGGACAGCUAUGAUUACCCCCAGAUCAAGGUAGAUGACCUCUCUUCCUCCCCCGCUUCCUCCCCUGAGCGGAGCGCGUCCACCCUGGAGAUUCAGCCGAGCCGAGCGUCGCCAACUUCCGACAUAGAGUCAGUUGAGCGGAAGAUUUACAAAGCUUACAAGUGGCUCCGCUACUCCUACAUCUCCUACUCAAACAACAAAGAUGGAGAGAGCUCGCUCGUGUCUGGGGAGGCCGAUGAAGGGAGGGCGGGAACCAGCCACAAGGACAACCCAGCCCCUUCUUCCAGCAAGGAAGCCUGUCUGAACGCGGCCAUGGCCCAGAGGACCCAGGACCUGCCGACGGAAGGCCGCAGCAAGGACGCUUUUAAAGAAGGGACUUCUGCCAUAAGCCCCAGCCAUGGCCCAGGCCCUGAGCCCAGUGGCCACCCUUGGGCAGAGGCACCCGAGGAUGCCUCUCAGGACUCCAACAAUGGUGGCACUGUAGAACACACUUUUGAAACCAAGAAGCUCAAUGGAAAGGCCCUAAGCAAGGCCCUGAGCAGCCGGGCCGAGGAGCCACCCUCCCCUCCUGUCCCCAAGGCGUCUGGCUCCACUGUGAGCAGCGGGUCUGGCAACUGUCUCAGGACCCAGUCUGAUGACAGUGAGGAGAGGAGCCUGGAAACCAUCUGUGCCAACCACAACAAUGGGCGCUUGCACCCCCGCCCCCUGCACCCCCACAGCAAUGGGCAGAACUUUACGGAGCUGGAGGCACUGGCCUGCUCUUCCCCAGGAUGUGUGGACACUGACCACGAUAACUUGUCCCUGACAGGGAUACUCCUACACAAAGAUUGUUGUGGGUCUGAAAUGGCCUGUGAGUCCCCCAGUGCUGGAACGAGAGAGGACCCCACUGAUCUCCCAGACACAGACAGCAGCAGGGCUGUUCAUGGCCAUAGUGGCCUCAAGAGGCACCGAAUCGAAUUGGAAGACACAGAUUCAGAGAAUUCCUCCUCAGAGAAGAAAUUAAAAACAUGA